CCAGGCCUGACCCAUGCGUUUCGCUUCAGAGUCCUCAGUCCCUCGUCGUCUGAUACUGCAGCAGCAUCUUCCUACAUUCCUUCAUAUGUAAUCAUACCUACUCUAUGCACUCAUCUCACCAUAAACACGCCAAUUUCUCUUUGACAUUUCGACACAGUGCUCCUUCUCGAUACUUGAAUACUGUAACCCCUGCAUUCAUUCAUGUCAACUUUCGCUGUCACCUCCUGACGCAUUCACCACGCGUAUCUGUUGCCGUCCCGAGUCAGUUGCGAUCUUCUGAACAAUGUACAGUCGGUGACAACCACUGCCUACAUGAGAAAAACUCCCAAGAACAUAUUCUAUUUCACCUAGCGGACACUUGAACAAGGCUGCAUUCACCUGCCUAGCACUCCUCAUCCGCCUCUGAAGCCUCCCGAUACCGCUCUUCCCCAUUCUCAUUCCCGACACCGCCUCGACCUACACCUCGUGUCAACUCGUCCCAUCAGUAACCACGCCGAUAGAUAAGCCCAGCAUGUCCUCGCAAGCAGUUCUGCUAAAAGAGUAUAAGACUCUUGUCAAAGAGAAAUGGGUUCAGAUCGAUAUCGAUGAAGACAACAUGCUACACUGGAAUCUUGCCUUGAUGGUUCUCAACCCGGAUUCUCUCUAUUAUGGCGGAUACUUCAAGGCUCAGAUGAACUUCCCCAAGGAGUACCCAUACAAGCCACCGGACUUCCGCUUCAUGAAGCCACUAUGGCAUCCCAACGUAUAUCCUGACGGUCGCUUAUGCAUAUCAAUCCUUCAUGCACCCGGUGAAGACGUGAUGUCCGGUGAAACGGCUGGCGAACGUUGGUCACCCGCUCAGCGAGUCGAGUCGGUCCUCAUCUCCAUCUUGUCUCUUCUUGACGAUGCCGAGAUCUCUUCCCCAGCCAAUGUCGAUGCAAGUGUAAUGCUCAGAGACGACAAGGAGGCUUUCAAGGCCAAGGUCAUGCGAGAUGUCGUGAAUUCCAAAGCAGACAUACCUGAAGGUUUCAUCAUGCCAACCCAUGAAUCUACAAAGCCAGUGAUUGACAAGGUGGAUGACGAUUUCUGGAAUGAUAGCGACGCUGAGGAUGUGGAUUUUGAUGACUUUGAUGACUUUGACGAUGCCGCCAAUGGAAGUGAAUCUGAUCAAGAGCUGAACAAUGACUCCGAGGACGAGGAGAACUACGACGAAGAAGAUGACGACACGGAGCAUGACAAGGGCAAGUCUCGAGAAGACCGAUUGGAUUCUGAGAUGACUGAACCGGAUACCUGAAUGUUCAAACACCGGGUGUUUACAGUGUCGGCUAUGGACGUGGGUGGUUGAAGAAGUGGUCGAGCCCGUUCAACGUCACCGUCUGUACAGCGCGCUAUUAUUCAAAGAGCCACUUUGAUUUUUGUUUUCUCUGCAUUCCAGCAAGGCGUCGGGGGUCUGAUGCACGUAGGCGCAAGAAGGGGAACAGGAGUUCAAUACAUGGACUCUGGCACAGUUCAUAUGGUGGGGACUUUUUCGCAUGAUAUUGACGCAGAUCUUGCCGAUAGUAUGUUAAACUCAAUCACAUUGAGGUUAGCAACCUGAAAAGGAUGACUUCUUUGCUACAAUUCACCAGUGACUCCGAGAAGAGUG